AAUCACGAGUCGGCCAUUUUGAUUCCAAAACGAGGCUCAUAACGCAAACAAAGGAAAAUGGCAGCUUAUCACUGUUGUGUUCCAUUCUGCAACAAUGACUCAAGAUAUGACAAAUCAUUGUCAUUUCAUAGCAUUCCAAACAAUCCAAAUCGAAAAAAAGAAUGGUUGAUAAAGAUCAAACGGGAUGAAGGACCUUUGUUUAAGGUUAAACCCCAUACAAAGGUAUGCUCAGCACAUUUCCUGUCAGCUGAUUUUACUAGAAGCCUGACAGGAAUGAGGUGCUUGACGAAGACAGCAACACCUUCAGUGUUCAACUGGACCAAAGAUACACCGUCUAGAAAGCCACCCCACAACAGAACUGUUGAACAGACACGUUCGAAGAAAAGAAAGUUAGAAGAUGGCACACCAGAAACUGACCAAGAUGAUUUUCACUCAUUGCAAUCAGCAGAUGAAAUUAUGACACCCACAAUGGAGUUCCAUGACUACAUCCAGCCUGAACCAAUGUCGGAAGAAAGCAAGUUGGCCAAGGCAGAGGAACAUAUCGCGUUCCUGGAGAACAAGUUAAGCCAGCUGUCAAUGGAGAGGUUUGGUUUGGAACGGUUUUCAUCGGACCCUAAAAUGAUACAGUUCUACACAGGUUUCAUGUCUUACAACAUUCUGAUCCAUGUGUUCCAUCUACUGCAGCCUUCAGCCGAAAAAAUGACAAGAUGGACGCAGAUUCAAAGGCAACGCAGUGGACAGAGUAACUCAAUCAACACAGAUAUGACAUCAAGAAAGGAGUCCAUGCCUUUAAUUGACCAGUUCUUUAUGUUCCUGGUGAAACUGCGGUUAGGUUUAUUUCAACAAGAUCUUGGUGUUCGCUUUGGUGUUUCCCAGUCAACAGUGAGCAGGAUUAUCAUCACUUGGGCCAAUUUCUUGUAUUUUCAACUUGGUUCUUUACCAAUAUGGCCAUCAAGAGACCAAAUUGACAUGCACAUGCCGGAAUGUUUUAAAGCGAUGUAUCCCAAAACCAGAGUUGUCUUGGACUGCACUGAACUAAAAAUACAAACACCAUCAGCCAUGUCUCUGAACUCAGAGUUUUACUCUUUUUAUAAAGGGACAAAUACCUUCAAAGGACUGAUAGGGAUCUCCCCUAUGGGAAGUGUGACUUUUGUAUCGUCUUUGUUUGCUGGCUCAAUUUCCGACAAAGAAAUUACGAAACAGUCGGGAAUUAUACCACUGCUUGAAGCUGGAGACAGUGUGAUGGCGGACAAAGGAUUUCUGAUUAGUGAUUUGGUUUCCACCCGGGGUGCAACACUGAACAUACCGCCAUUUUUAAGUAAGCGUGAUCAGUUUACCAAAGAGGAGGUUGAGGAAACCCAAGAAAUAGCUCGUGUCAGGAUUCAUGUCGAAAGAGCAAUUCGACGAAUUAAAGAGUAUCACAUUUUUGAUGCUCCUUUGCCAAUUGCAUUGGCUGGGUCAGCUCUUCAAAUCUGGACUGUGUGUUGUCUCUUGACACUGUUCCGUGGUCCAUUAUUCUAAUGAGAUUCAGAACUGUAGUGGAAAGACUUUCAGCCUCUUAUGUUGAGAUUGUUGUUCAUUCUCAUAUGUUAAGAUUGUUGUACAUCAUUUUUUUUUAAUUAAUCCAUUUAAUAGUUUAUGGAUGCCAACCAUUCUUACAUAGUAGACAGACAUUUGUGUAAACUUUUACAUGAUAACUAAUUUUUAAUUAUUUAUUUCAUGAGAAUGGUAUAUCUUUCAUGGUUGAUAUUAAGGAGCACACUUUUCAAAAUAAUCUUUAGUUUAAAAUACAAUAGAUCAUAAGAAAGUUGAACUUUGUAUAACAAUCUUUAAUGAAACAGUGACCCAAAGUUUUCGUUUGUUUUGUAUUUCCAUUUCAACACUUCACUGUACCCACAAUUGUUUUGUUAACCCUUUGCAUGCUGGGAAAUUUGUCAUCUGCUUAAAUGUCGCCUGCUGAAUUUCUAAAAUUAGCAUUUUCUUCGAUUUUUUUUCAAAGAAUACUAUCAGAAUAGCAAACAGUUUGGAUCCUGAUGAGACGCCACGUUUUGUGGCGUCUCAUCUGGAUCCAAACUGUUUGCAAAGGCCUUUAAAUUAAGUUCCAGCGCUGUAAGGGUUAAUGUGAUGGUUACAAAAAUACCUUCAAUUUAGUUUUGUAUUUUUAUGCAUUGACCAGCACUGAACUAUAACUUUGAUAAUGCUUUUAUUCUGUUGACAAUAACUGAACUAUUGUGAAUGAGUAAAGAG